GGUUGCUCGCUUGUUGCCAAGGAGCCGUAGCGACCUGAACACGUCAGCGGGGUGAACAGAAACAGGGCAGUUAUUUGUGCACAGAUUGUAGCGGGGAAAUUUCAUUAAUCAUGUUAGAAUCGCCUUUUCGUGCCUAAGAGUUGUGGCUAGAGAGCAGUCGAAGCCUUCCUGGGUAGGUUGGUGGGCUCAGUGCUUAAAGGCGAGGCUGGGAAAGGCUAAAAAUUGAGCUAGUUAGCUAGCUAGCAGGCUAGCUAGCUACGCUAGCUGAAGUUCCUGUCAAUGAAACGGAGGUAAAUUCAGCUUUUCCCCGCGCCCGUGACUCAGCUAACGUUAACUGCAGGCUGGAAAUCGGGACCAGGAGGGUUCUGUGACAUGUCGUCUCCAUCGCCGGUGCAGAUCAGGGAGGCGAAUGCGCAUUUGGCUGCUUUGCACAGGCGAGUCGCGGACCUUGAGCAAAAACUGGAGGCAGCAGAGAAGACGGUGAGGGAGCAAGCGGAGAGCCUGAUUCGGAAAGAUGAACAGCUGAGGGCUGCUACGCAAGAAAUAACAGAGAACAAGGACAGAGAGAUUUCCUACUUCCAUGAAAAGCUUUGUCAAUCAGAGGAAUCUAUUCAGAAACUCCAGCAUAUGGUCAAGGAGAAGGAUUCCUUAAUCGGCCAGUUGCAGCACCGCUGUCAGCUGCUGGACAACAUCUGUAAAAGCCGUCCCUUAUUAGACAGCAUGUUGGCCCAAAUGGCAGAGGCGGAAAGAAUGGGGCCCAUCGUUGACUUGUGCAAGCCUACAGCAGACACAUCACUUACUGAUGGAGAGUCCAACUGCAGCCCUAGUGGUCUCUCCAAUCACAAAGACUUUUCACUCAGCGAGGAUGAUGUGGAUGAUCAGGAGCUGGAUGGCGUAGUCUUUGGAACUACAGUAUGAAAAGAAGAAUGGAACUUUUAUGUUUUCACAGCUUUGGGUGUUGGACAAGGAGAAAGACUGGGUAUGCUGAGGGUUAGCCUGCAUUUGAUUCGGUAUAUAUUUUCCAUACAGCAGUGUAUCCAUACUGUACAUCUACCCUUCAUUACAGUAGCAUGAAUGUGAUUCAGCAAGCUGUUCCCAUGCCAUUAUCAGAGCUGUUAACAGAGCUGUGCUGAGAGAACGUGAUUAACCAAGAUGGCCUAGAACUAUGUGCAAAGUGAUGUAAAGUUUUAUUUUCUGAAUGGAUGCAUCACAGCCCAUUUACUUUUAUUUCAUAUAGUUUUACUGGAAAAGUCAACGUAUUUUUAAAUUUUGAUGUAAGGUUCGCCCAGCAAAACUUUAAAGGCCUUUAAAGUCUUUUUUCUUUGCUAGGCUGCCAUAAUUUGCUAAAAAAAGAAGGAAGCUUAGGGAGCCCAUUUUGCUCCUCAGAAAGGAAUAUUCCAGUGUUUUCAACCUUGUCUGUGUCUGCCACGUCUGUAGCGUGAAAUCGAUCACCACAGACAACAAUUUUGACGUUUCCCUGCACUUAAAACAAACAAAACCUGUUGUAUUAACACACAUAAGGGAUUUUCACACUUGUCCUGAAUGUUUGAGUCAGCUCCUGGGACUGAUUCUGGGGCAAGGGUUUAAUAAUCACAGGCUUUACUAUAACAGAGUUUGUUCUGAACCGUGGCUUGAUUGCUCAAUUCCAUACGUCACAUUCAUGUGCCUAUUUUUUUGCAAAAUGGUAGUUAGCAGGUUUGUCCAGGGAUGGCAACUGACAAUAGGCUCGUAUUUUUUAUUUCCGUCAUGAUUCAUGAGUCAGCUAACAACAUGAUGAGCAGCCGUUACUGGAUGUGUGGCAUGUUCUCAUGCAGGGACCUGCAAACAAGGAGCCAAAGAUUUUUAGACGUUGGGCAGCACGAGACGAGCCUUUUUUACAAAAUUUUCACCGCUUUCCAUCCCCUUCCCCACCAUUACAAAACUCAAAACAGGGAAUAACGACAAAAUUAACUCGACAUACACUGCUUAAGUUGACCCCAGACCACUAUUUUCAGGGGGACCAGAGCUUUCUGGACUACUCCUGGGCUAAAACAGCUUUCACAGUCCGCCAGAUGUUCCACACUCCUGGGGCACACAGCCGCAAACCUGGUAAAAAGCGCUUGUGUCAAAAAUGGCCAUAUAACAGAAGCUAAUGGGGCAUGUGCCCCAUUGGUUUCCAUGGUAUAUACGUUUUUUCUCCUUUUCAUUUAUUUUGCUGUUACGCGUCAGAAUUGUCCAUGACAAUCAGCUGCAUGCUACAGAUGCAGCAGAUAGAGACUGGGUUGGAAAUAAGUGAGAGCAUUGCUCCAAGUGCCUUGCUCAAAGGUACAACUGAAGUGGCCCCGGGAAGGGCAACAGCAUUUGAAGCUGCAGCUCCGUGGUCUUGAAUGAGCACCCCUUGGUGUCUCAUCAGCCGUUUCAUUCAGUAACCCCUUUUGCGCUUAUUCUUUUCAUUAAUACAUCAUUGAUCAGGUCAAGUAAAUAUCAGAUAAAUGGUUACAGUUUUAGUAUAAAUAUCAAAGGUUACUGUUACUGGGCCACGUCAGUCUAUCUGCCAGUUUGUGAUGUGAUGAAGGUAAACCAUAAUGCUGUCUGGAAAGAAAUCUGAUUGCAAAUAAUGAUCCCGUCCCUGCAGCUUUGUGUAAUUGCGAUAUUAUUUCUCUUCCUUUGAUGUCAAAACAGGACACGUAAGUCCUGUAUGCCUGGGUGUGGCAGUGAUUUCUCAGUCGCAAAAUCAGUUUUAUUUUCGGUUGCAUAUUUAAUUUAGUACUUUUGAAAUCAAGUCUAUGCAAGUUUCAAUAUACUUUUUGUGUGUCCGUGGGUAUCAUUUGGAAAAAGCAGUGAUUAUGGUCAUCUGGUCAGACUUUUGGAUUGUUUGUUGCAUUAGUCCUUCAGAAAGACUCAUUCAAGUUGGUAACUGUUGCACAUAUUCUGAUAGUGUCUCAAUCGUCCUAUUUUGAACAUUACAACUAGAAAAAAAAAUCUGUUCAAUAUCUUCUUGGUUUUAUGCAAAGGUAAAAUGUGCUAUUGCAUCAUGGCACAGUACUUGUGUUAUCAGGGCAUGUGUGUCUUGUUAUUGCCCAGUAUAAGAGUGUACGUAUGCUACCUUUUAUUUUCUACAGAGUUAAUUGGUGCCUCAAAAACAUGGUCAGUUGGUCUAUGGAACUAUUUAUUCUGAUUAUAUCUAAUAAACUAUUUUGUUAUUCUGUGA